CUACUUUCCACGGUGCGACUCAGUCAUUGCUGAGCUUGACUGUGAAGGGACAAGGCAGUCUUCGGUUCAACAAUGUCUUUCUUCACACACCAGAUAACCAGGGGACUUUCGUCCUCAGCAGUGAGAAAUGUCGUGAUCAAGCAUGUUACGAUCAUCGGCGGUGGACAGAUGGGCGCAGGAAUCGCACAGGUCGCUGCGUCCACCGGCCAUUCGGUGGUGCUGGUGGAUACGUCAGAGGACAUCCUACAGAAAGCUGCCAAAGGCAUCGAGGGUAGUCUCAAAAGGGUGGUGAAGAAGAAGUUUGCUGACAAACCUGAGGCAGGUGCAGAGUUCAUUCAGAAGGUGAUGCAGAACGUUUCCACGUCAACGGACGCCGCUGCGGUGGUCCAGGGAACCGACCUGGUUCUAGAGGCCAUCGUGGAGAACCUGAAGGUCAAGCAGGGGCUGUUCGCUGGCCUGGACAAAGUAGCUCCAGAACACACCAUCUUCGCCAGCAACACCUCCUCGCUGCCCAUCACAGACAUCGCCAGCUCCACCUCCAGACUGGACCGCUUCGGGGGCCUCCACUUCUUCAACCCGGUCCCCAUGAUGAGGCUGGUGGAGGUCGUUGCCACCUCGGCCACCAGCCAGGAGAGCUUCGACUCCCUGCUGAACUUCAGCAAAGCUCUGGGGAAGACGCCCGUCUCCUGCAAGGACACUCCUGGCUUCAUCGUGAAUCGCCUGCUGGUUCCUUACAUGAUGGAGGCCAUCAGGCUACAUGAGAGAGGCCACGGAUCAAAGGAAGAUAUUGAUAUUGCCAUGAAGCUGGGGGCAGGUUAUCCCAUGGGACCCUUUGAGCUGCUGGACUACGUCGGACUGGACACGGCUAAAUUCAUCAUCGACGGUUGGUGUGCGAUGGACCCCGGCAACCCCCUCUUCGGCCAGAGCCCCAUGCUCAACAAGCUGGUGGCAGAGGGCAAGUUCGGCAAGAAGACCGGAGAAGGAUUCUAUAAAUACAAGUAGAGAAUUAGCUACGCCGUCCGUCGCUAGCUGCCUGCUCGCUGGCUAAUCGUUUAUUUUUGGAGUCACCUUUUAAAUGGUCCGUGGAAGCUCAACAAACGAGUGGAUCGUAAACUCAUCCUGAACCAGAGGAUGAUCGUCAGUCAGCCCCCCUCCGUUGCUUGUGUGGUGUGAUCGUCGGCUGUGUUGAGACCUCUCUGACUAAAGUUAUACCCAGAAUCCUCUCCUAUAACUAUUGGAAGAGGAUCCAACUGCUUGUACUGUCCACACAGACCAUAAUAUGGUGUUCAUUUUGAUGUCGAAUAUCUCCAAACAGAAUUAGGAUGAGGAGAACUUAGGGAAACAAGCCAAUGACUAAGCAGGGAGUGAUCAUGUGAUCGUGAUGGCGGGGGAACUGCAUAAUACUCUGAUAGCAACACUACACUAAUGCUGGUACCACACGCCACAGUGCCUUCCUCAAUAAAGAGCUCAAAUAUC